AUGCUCAUUGCCAUAAUCCCCAUCUCAGCCCAGCAAGAAAACAGAGCUCCAGCCCCCAUUCAGGGCGACAUCAAGAACUUGGAGAUUCGAGAAGGGUGGGAUAGACCCAAGCCGACCAUCGAUACGGACGAGGUCCUCUACAUUCCCGGAACUGAAACCGCCGCCACCCUGGGUAGACCGGCCGUCUUCCUAUUCGACCGGCGAGACAUCCCGAUCGAGGUCACGGCCACAUACACGCUGCCCUUCCCAGCGGCGCCGGCCGCCCCCGCAGCAGCGCCAAAGUAUCGCCUGGUCGGCACCCAGUGGAGCCUCACGAACAAGGCGCCCAUCAACAACGGCUUCGAAAUCAUCAGCGGGCCAUUCACCUCCAGGGCCUCGAGCGGGGUGAGUGGGACCACCUUCACCGCCAACAAGUUUGUUGUUGGCAGCACCGUCAGGGACCCCGGCGCCCCGUUCAAGGCGGACUCGGUGUUCCAAUUGGAGCUCUACUUCGUGUUCGGGCCGACGAACCACCUGCCGUACUACUACGACAACGAGUUAUUCCUGGACCUGAACCGGCUGGCCUACCUCGACUUCGCCAAGGUGGCGGGCAAGACGUGGGCCGAGGUCGAGGGCGACGUGCUCCUCAACCCCGGCACGUCGCCCCUGUUCUACGACUCGCGGCUGGGCGUAGGCGGCAUGCCGCACCACCUCAGCGGCGCCACCAUCGUGCUGAGCGGCUUCUUCAGCCGGAGCAAGAAGUACGUCAACUGCUUCGACCUGGCCGCCGUGCUGAAGGUGGCGCUGCUGUCGCUGGGCACCAAGCCCCAGGGUACCGGUACCACCUUUGUGAACGUGGUAUCCGACGUCAAGAUCUCGUUCGACACGCAGUGGGGGUACAUCAAGUCCGGGCCGCUGUUCGGGUGGGAGCGGACGCAGGCGCACGAGUGCAACUCGCCGUUCUGGCGGGGGGCGGGCGGCACUUUGCCCAAGGUGGCGGACAUAGACCCGCGGCGCACAAAGUUCUGGUGUCACUGCUACGUGACGUUCAAGAACGCGCAGGGCAAGACGUGCGCCGUCGAUGCCUGCCACGGCGUCCUCGUCAGCGGUAAGGUCCAGCUGGCCACAGGCCACCUCGAGAUCGACGACCACCGCAGGGCCAACAUCAACAAGGGGCCCGAGGUUGUUGGCCCCCCGGUGGCUGCAGAAUGGGCCUUGAAAAACAUUCCCCAGUCGUAG